CCAGUGAAGCCUGGUUCAGAUGGCCAGCGGCUCCGGGCUCAGCGUCAGCGAGCUCGCGGGCUCGGUGGGUUUUAUCCUGGCGGUUCUCGUAGAGGUGGGGGCCGUGCUGGGCAACGGGACUCUGCUCGUGGUGGUGCUGCGCACACCGGACCUGCAAGACGCCUUCUACCUGGCGCACUUGUGCGUCGUGGACCUGUUGGCGGCCGCCUCCAUCAUGCCUCUGAGCCUGCUGGCCGCGCCGCCCGGGCUGGGCAGUGUGCCCCUGGACCCCUCGUCGUGCCGGGCGGCGCGCUUCCUCUCGGCGGCUCUGCUCCCCGCGUGCACGCUCGGCGUAGCCGCUCUCGGCCUGGCGCGCUACCGCCUCAUCGUGCACCCGCUGCGGCCAGGCGCGCGCCCGGCGCCGGCGCUGGUGCUCACCGCAGUGUGGUCGGCUGCCGCGCUCCUGGGCGCGCUCUCCUUGCUCGGGCCACCGCCCGGGCCACCGCCGGCUCCAGCUCGCUGCUCCGUCCUGGCCGGGGGGCUCGGGCCCUUCCGGCCACUCUGGGCGAUGCUAGCCUUCGCGCUGCCCGCCCUGCUGCUGCUGGCCGCCUACGGUAGCAUCUUCCUGGUGGCGCGGCGCGCCGCCCUCCGGCCUCCGCGCGGGACCCGGCUCCGCUCCGACUCUCUGGACAGUCGCCUCUCCUUCUUGCCGCCCCUCCGGUCACGUCUUCCCGGGGGCAAGGCGGCCCUGGCCCCAGCCCUGGCCGUGGGCCAGUUUGCAGCCUGUUGGCUGCCUUAUGCCUGCGCGUGCUUGGCGCCCGCGGCGCGAGCCGCGGCGGCCGAGGCCGCAGUCACCUGGGUCGCCUACUCCGCCUUCGCUGCUCACCCCUUUCUCUAUGGCCUGCUGCAGCGCCCGGUGCGCCUGGCGCUGGGCCGCCUCACCCGCCGAGCGCUGCCUCGGGCCCCAAAGGCCUGCACAUCGCAAGCCUGGGACCUGCGGACACUCCUUCAGCGUCUCCAGGGACUCCGCAAGGACCCUGUCCUAGGCCCUUCUGAGGCACCAGCACAGACCCGAGAAUUGGCUGGACAGAGCCCGAGUGUGUCAGGGGCCACCUGAGAGAUUCCUCCUGAGGUGGGGAAAGGAGGGCGGGAUCAGAGGGCACAUCAGCCCCCUGCUCAGGUUGUGGCAGGUACCCUGUACGGGACUGCUGGCUCUGAAAUGGCAGAGGGGGUGGUACUUAGCCUGAGAAACCUGAUUCUGGGCGGAACACUACCUGUGUGGUCUUGCACUCAGUCCUACCUUUCCAGGGCCUCAGUGUUCCCAUCUGUAUGCUGUACCAUCAUGUCCUAAGGACCCCUCCAGUGUAAACUCAUCAAUACUCCCUGGUCCUGAGAGGAGGAAGGCAUGGUCACAGAGACUAGGAUCCUAAGAGCUCACAGCCAGAAGGACGAGCCAAGUGGGACAGGGGUCUGGGCUACACCACAGCAGGAGGAGCCAGUGGAGAAACCAGUGGAGAAGCGUACCAAGUUCCCUGCUAUCUGUACCGUGAAAAGCUGGAUGCUUCGACUCAAACUCAUCACCCAAGCUGCUCAGAAAACAGCCUGAUCGGUUUGGUGCUAAAGGCAGGGGACUGAACAGAACACACGACCCCCAAAGAGCCCUUCAGUUUCACUCCAGAACUGACAGGAGGAAGGGACUGUGGGUCAACUAGGGACUGUGGAUUCAGACUGGGGUCCUUUGUGCUUUCAGUCACAUCCCUUCCCUGAAAGUUUUGUUACCCCAACACUACUAGUAUUAUUUCACGGCUUUCUGG